CCUUCACCACCACUCGAUCGGCAACCUGGUCGGAUCUGGUGUUCUUUUGAUCUUGUUGUCUUUUAUUAUUGCCGUCUCGGUUCUUUCUUCUUUUCCCUCCAGUGACUCGAUCUUCUUCAACACUUGGAAUUCCUCGCUCUUGCUUCGAGAAAUUCCCGCCUUUCCUUUACACCCCACGACAUCACGACUACUUCUGGCCAGUCCUGUCACCCAGUGCAGAACUUCCACCAGAGUGUGCGCCUUGUCGUUCAUGUACAACACCACAGAAACCACACUCGAGCCAUAAUACCUUGGCAGUCCUUCACUCGUCCGAGAGGCUGUCGUCCGCUCCUUGCUCAAGGAACCGAGAACAAAACCACACCGUCAUUUGGCCACUCGCCCACCAGGACACUUUAGACUCGCCCUUGCGAGCCAGCCUGUAUACUACGUCAAAUACCUACGCCUAAUCCCACCAUCGAGAGACGCCUGCGAAACGAGAAGAAAGCACGAACUGUAUUGACACUCGCACGACGCCAUUUACAAGGUGAGAGGCGACUGCUCCGUCUGAUCUUGGGGUCUGGAUGCAGUGACUAACACGCAUCCCCGUGGGUCAGGACCCGGAACGACCGCCCAGAGCCAUGGACGCCACUGUCAUGCCUCAAGCGAUAGCUCAGGCUCCCGCCUUCUUCAAACACGACUCCAAGGGCAAGGCCAUGUACCCUACCGUCCUCCCGUUGCCGUCCACGCCCAUCUACUCUCGACCUGGCUCCUCGUCCUGCUCCCAUCCUCCGACGCUCAUGAGCAACGGCCCCUCAGUAAUGCCUUUGAUGGGCUCGCCUUCGUUCGUCAACCACAAACCCGCCAUUAUGCUCGAGACGGAGUUCAGCGACAGCCCUUAUUUCCCGUCCACGCCGCCUCUGUCUACUUCCGGCAGUGCUAUCGGCAGCCCCAAGAGCUGCGACGUCCUGCAGACGCCGAUGAACCCCAUGUUCUCCGGCCUUGAUGGCCUCGGCGGGAUCAAGGCUGGCCUGGAACCUGUCGAGAAUCUUGUGCUGGACUGGUCUAGCAGUGGUUCGCCGCCAAUGACGCCUGUGUACAUCCAAUCUCAACCCGUCAACGUCCCCUCGCUUAACGGCGGCACCACGAGUGACCUGUCCACAGCGUCUUGUCCGUCUCUGUCGCCGUCGCCCACGCCGUACGCGCGAUCAAUCGCGUCGGAGCACGACGUCGAUUUUUGCGACCCCCGCAACCUUACCGUGUCCUCCGCCGCCUCCAAUCCUACUCUGGCACCCGAGUUCAAGCUCACCGCCUUCGGAGACGAGCCCACGUGUGAGCAGCACGUGUCCCAGCCGGCGUUUGACUUCACUCCGGCUGCCCCCCACGACCUCCCUGCGUUUGAGGACCUGUCGGAUCUUGAUUCAGAGUCCGAUUUUGGCAACCUGGUUAGCCUCGGCGAGCGCAAUCCUGUCGACGUCAGCCGCCCGCGAGCUGGCACCGGCUCUUCGGUCGUCUCACUGGGUCACGGCAGCUUCAUUAGCGACGAAGACUUUGGCUUUGACGAGAGCGACUCGUUCUCAUUUCCGUCUUUGCCCAGUCCCCCCUCCAGCGUCGACUCCAACGAGGACACCCACCAGGACAAGCGCCAGAAGAAGAGCGAGGACGGGGAGAGUUGCACCACCGAGCCCAAAAUGAACUCAGCUACCAGCGAUGUCCAGACUGGCAGCGGCCAGCAGGUUUCAGAGAACGCUGAUUCCGGUGCCUCCAACUCAGGCGACAGCUCGGGCUCCGAGUCGACUCCCGCGCCCGUUCCUGCUCCAACCAACCGCCGUGGCCGGAAGCAAUCCCUGACUGAAGAUCCCUCCAAGACGUUUGUGUGUGAGCUCUGCAACCGACGUUUCCGCCGCCAAGAGCACCUGAAGCGACAUUAUCGCUCUCUGCACACCCAGGAGAAGCCUUUCGAGUGCAACGAGUGCGGUAAGAAGUUUUCCCGCAGCGACAACUUGGCUCAGCACGCUCGGACGCACGCCGGUGGGGCCAUUGUCAUGAAUUUGCUCGAGAACGGCGAGGCCGCUCCGUACAACGCCGCCAUGGUGGCUGCCUCUGGCGUUGACGACUACACCGCCGCCAACUUCGGCAAAGUCCUCUUCCAAAUCACUUCCGAGGUGCCCGGUAGUGCGAGCGAGCUGUCCUCGGAAGAGGGUAGUGACCAAGGGAAGAAGAAGCGGAAGCGCUCCGACUAGGCUUCUCUGCCACUUCAGAAGUACGACAUCGUUACGACCUUUACUUUCAACGCCAACGUCGCCACCACGGAGCGAGUUGGGCAAUUAGGGUACAUGGGAACUUCUAUUCCUUCAAAGGUGCGGUGGCACCUUGGUUAGACGAGCGGCGGCUAAAAUCAUUUGCGCACAACAAGCGAUUAUGACUUUGCAUUUACAUCAUUCUCCGAUUCUUGUAUCAAACUUGAAGCACAGCUCUUUGACCAGCUGGACAUUGGGAGGAAGGGAACCUCUUGUUUUCUUUGGCACUGCAUCAUGACGACAACUCAAGCCAUCAGAGUCUAGGGAAUCGAAAGGGAGGCUGGGAAUCACGGCGUGCACGGUGGGUUGUUCAUCGAUCGUUUCGCAGACUGGGUGGGACGUCGAAGGGGCAAAAAAAUGUUUUGGCGAUUUGUUUUCUUUACACUCGUUGUAAUUAUUCACAGCAUGCGGUCGCCGUUCUGGCGGAGCUGUAUUGGGAUGAUGGACGGAUCCGGGCUGUUUGGCUGCGAUUUGCUUCUGCCACCAAUCGGCCCCGUCUCUUGUUUCGAAUUUCGCUCGAUCUAUUUCUUAUUCGCACCCGGCCUCGUUUUCACCGGGAGAGGCAAGUCGAGGACAACUAGGUGCUGGCCACGGUCACGACGCUCAAUAGUAUCACUAUUUGGAACA